AUGGUCACACGCUGCUUAUACAUGGACAAGUUUCUUCCCAGGAAACGUCAGAAAUAUCUCGCGGACGGGGAGAUAGAUAAUUCAACUGAAUACAAGUUGACAAUUCUUCAGUCAUUGUACCCCCACCUCGAGCCAGAUGUGUUGCUUGACCUGCUGGCAGCCCACAACGGCUCGCUCUCUCUAACAACGUCUACCCUCUCUAACCCUACCCCACUUAAGUGUACAGCAAUCAAUGGUCACCAAACCUCGUUAUCAUCUUACUUGAUAUCAACAUCGUCUCCUUCCAAGAUACACAAGGCUAGCUUCCGGAAAGGCAAGACGGUGCACCUAUAUUGUCCAGAGGACGUGGCAGCCCAUACUCCUUGCACCAUAAUCCACAAUUUCCUUGCCGCUGACGAGGCCAACUCGCUACUAAUAGAACUACUUGAAGAAUCUACAACCUUUGAAAAGAAUACAUUCAAACUUUUUGACAAUGUGGUCAAAAGUCCACACACAGCGUGCUUCUACGUCAAUGAUCACGAAGAAGUCAUUCGACAAAAGACUAAGUAUUAUUACAACGGGAAGCUACUUUCUGAUAUCCGUCAACACACCCCUCAGAUGCUCCAAAUCUCUCCCAAAAUAGCUGCUUCUGUCAAUACUGAGGUAUCAAGACGCAUUAAGACUUACCCGAAUGGAUUAAAACUCCAUCAUCAGUCCCCAAAGCCUUGGUGUCCUAACGCCGCUUUUGUAAAUUGCUACAACGGACCCAGCGAAAGUGUGGGCUACCAUAGUGAUCAAUUAACGUAUAUUGGGCCCCGAGCUAUCAUUGGUUCACUUUCUCUGGGCGUUUCUCGAGAGUUUAGACUGCGAAAAAUUUCAUUACGAGAAUCAGGCUCAGAAUCCAAGACUGAGAGUGGAAAAUUGAUGGAAUCUGAUGGGCAAAUUUCGAUUCAUCUUCCUCACAAUUCUCUAUUGGUUAUGCACGCUGAAAUGCAAGAAGAAUGGAAGCAUUGUAUUGCACCCGCAAGUGCCAUUGAUUUUCAUCCCAUCUCUGGAAGUAAGCGCAUAAAUAUCACCUACCGGGACUAUCGUGCAAGUUUACACCCUCGAUAUACACCAGUGUGCCGAUGUCAUAUUCCUAUGCUUCUACGCACUGUACAGCAACAGAAGAAUAAUUUAGGACGUUAUUUCUGGAUGUGUCAGUCUGCUAGUAUUCCAGGCAUGGAAAGCUGUGGGGACUUUCAAUGGGCUGAGUUCGAUAAGGACGGAGAGCCAGUAUGGAACGAUAACAAGAAAGAUCAGAGGCCCUCUGAUGCUAAGGAACUCCAGAAUUAA